UUCGAAGAAUCACUUGUGUCUUUCGAUUCGGAAUGGCACAAAAUAUAAAUCCAUUUUAUUCGUCUCAAAAUGCUCCGAGUAAAGCUGCAGAGGAAAAACAGAAUAUACCAAAAGACAAGCAUGCAGUUAGUAAACGAUUGCAAAAGGAGCUCAUGGUUUUAAUGAUGAGCACAGAGAAAGGUGUUUCUGCCUUUCCAGAUGGAGAAAAUCUAUUCAAAUGGAUAGGAACUAUUACAGGACCAAGGGAUACGGUUUAUGCUGGUCUUACGUAUAAAUUAACUUUAGAAUUUCCCCAUAGUUACCCAUAUAGUGCUCCAAUUGUACGUUUCGCUACUCCUUGUUUUCACCCAAACGUAGACGCAGUAGGUAAUAUUUGUUUGGAUAUAUUAAAAGAGAAAUGGAGCGCUUUAUACGAUGUGCGUACUAUAUUGUUAUCUAUACAAUCUCUUCUUAGUGAACCUAACAAUGAGAGUCCCCUCAAUCCACAAGCAGCAAAGCUAUGGAACGAUCAGACAAAGUAUAAAAAACAUUUGACAGAAGAAUACCACAGAACUUUGAAUCGCGAUCAACAAGAUUCAUGAUAAGGGUAUUUUUAUAACGAUCAUGGCUUGUUCAUUAUUUUUAUUUCUAUCAAUGUUACAUCUAGAUAUAAGAUAUAGAAAAACAAACUGCACUGAAUUUAUGUACUUCAUUAUAGAAAAUUUCAUCUCCUAUUAUCUUUUGCACUCGUAUACUCUAUCAUGCAAAAAGGACAUAUAAACACUUUUUAUAUUGUUCAUCGCGAUCAUAUUUGUUAUAUAAUUUCGUCAGUCUGUCUUGAAAAUGUAUAGAAAUUUGUAUAAUGCUUUUAAGACUGUAUGUGGAUUAAACAUUUUUAUAUCGUCAAUUUGUAUCAGAAGCUUUUAUUUAUUUUUAUUUUUAUUUUUAAUAUAUGGUACAUUGGAUAUAUUUUACGGUUUCCAUGCAUACGAGUGACAGUGAUCAUUGACGUUACAUUAUCGAUAAUUAUUGUAUAUUUAAAAAAUAAAUAUUUUAAACACUAAAA